AUGAGCGCCCUGGAGCCCACACUGCCGGCCUCGGCCCCGGGGGUCGGUGUUCCCGGCGGGGGGCAGCACCUGGGCCUCCCUGGGCCCGAGCAGAGACCCCCCUUCCGGCCUCCUUCCUCCGCGGAGGACAGCGGGUCGCCCCCGGUUGUCCUGGCCCUGGGGAAGCUUCCGCAGAAGGAGGAGCAUAAGGAGGAGCAGGAGCAUGAGGAGGAGCAGGAGCAGGAGGAGGACGAGGAGGACGAGGAGGACGAGGAGGACGAGGAGGAGCAGGUGCUGCUCAGCGAGGAGCACCCGGGCCUGUUCUUCGCGGCGGCGCAGCGCCUGCGGGCGCAGGGGCAGCUGCUGGACGAGCGCGUGCGCGUGGGCGGCCGCGCCUACGGGCUGCACCGCGUGGUCCUGGCGGCCGUGAGCGGCGUGUUCCGCGCGCGGCUGCGGGGCGGGGGCCCGGGGUCGCCGCUCGGCCUGGCUGUGGCCCCCGCCGCCUGGGAGGCAGUGCUGACCUUCGCCUACGAGGGCCGCCUGGGCCCGGCCCCGGGGCGCGACGUGCUGGCGGCGGCCGAGGCCCUGCGCGCGCCCCGGGUCAGUGCGGCCGCCCGGCGCAGGUGCAGCUGCGAAGCCGGCGGCGCGGGGCCGGGGGCGGAGGGGCCCGGGGCGGAGGCGCCCAGUGCGGAAGCCGAGCUGCGGGAGACGCUGCGGAGCAUCGAGCUGCUGUACCGGGAGGGUGCCGGCUGCGACCUGGAGCUGCAGGCGGGCGGCUGCCGGCUGCGGGUGCACCGGGCGGCCCUGGCGUGCGGCAGCGAGUUCUUCAGCGCGAUGCUGCUGAGCGGCAUGCGGGAGUCCCGGGGCGCCGCGGUGCGGCUGCGCAGCAUGUCGGCACGGGACCUGCGGCUGCUCGUGUCCUUCGCCUACUCGGGCGCCGUGCGGGCGCGGUGGCGGCGGCUGCUGGGGGCGGCGCGGGCCGCGGCGCGGUACCAGAGCGCGGCGUGCCUGGCGCUGUGCGAGCGCGCCCUGGGCCGCGGCCUGAGCCCCGCGCGCUGCCUGGCCCUGCUGCCCGCCGCGGAGGCCGCGGGGCUCGAGGCGCUCGGCCGCCGGGCGCGGCUCUACCUGCUGGGCCACCUGCCGGCCGCCGCCCGCAGCCCCGCCUUCGCGUCGCUGCCGCCCGCGCUGCUGGCCGAGCUCCUGCGCAGCGACGCGCUGCACCUGCGGGAGGAGCUGGAGGCCUUCGCGGCGGCGCGGCGCUGGCUGGCGGCCCACCCCGAGGCGGCCGAGGUCGAGGCGCGGGCCCUGCUGCGCGGUGUGCGCUUCGGCCGCAUGUCCACGCGCGAGCUGCGGCGGGUGCGCGCGGCCGGGCUGCCCCCGCCGCUGCCGCCCGACCUGCUGGCGCGCCUGCUGGAGGAGGCGGCGGCGGCCCCGGCUCGCGGCCGGCGGAGGGAGCCCGACGGCGCGCUCGUGCUGCCCGGCGGGGACGGGCUGUCGGCGGACCUGGCGGCCGGGCGGCCGGCGCGCGGCGUGUGCUGGGCGCGGGCCUUCUGCUGCGGCACCGGCCGGGUGCGCACCGUGGAGUGGGGCCGCCUGCCCGCGCUGCCCGGGGCGCGCUUCCGCCACGGGGCCGCCAGCCCGCAGGGCCGCGCGCUCUACGUGUGCGGCGGCCAGGACUUCUACGGCCCCGCCAACACGCUGGCGUCCACGAUCAGGUGGGACCCCGGCCGAGGCGGCUGGGAGGAGAUGGCGCCUCUGGCCCAGGCCCGGAGCCUGUUCCCGCUGGUGGCACUGGGCGGGCUGCUGUACGCGCUCGGCGGCAGGAGUGGGGACGUGGCUCUCAGCUCCGUGGAGGCCUACGACCCCGAGCGCGACGGGUGGAGGCCCGCGCCAGCCCUGCCAGCACCGCGCUUUGCCCACGCGGCCACCGAGUCUGAGGGCCGCCUGUACCUGAGCGGGGGCUGCGACGGGGCGGGCGGCUACCUGGCCUCCCUGCUGCUCUACGACCCCAAACAGGAGAAGCCGGGGACACUGCUGAGCCCCAUGGGCGAAGCCCGGGCUGGCCACGUCAUGGCUGCUCUGCAGGGCCGGUUGUAUGUGGCUGGCGGCCUCGGGGACACAGGGGACCUGCUGAGCUUGGAGGCCUAUGACCCGCGGACUGACAGCUGGGCCCGCCUGGCCCCUCUGCCCUCCCCGCACGUGGGGGCCGCGGGGGCCGCGCUACAGGGGGAGCUGCUGGUGCUGGGGGGCUACAGCCACCGGACCUAUGCACUGUCACACCUGGUCCACGCCUACUGCCCCGGCCUGGACCGCUGGCUCUGCCUGGGAACACUGCCAAGGCCCCGGGCCGAGAUGCCCGCCUGUGUCCUGGAGCUGCCUGCUGUGCAGCACGCAGACUUGCUCCCCUCCCAGCAGCAGAGCAAACCUGCAGGGUGAGCGGGCAGCAGCGGUGGGUGGCGGGGAGGAAAGGAGCAGAAACAGAGAAGCAUGGAGAUUGUGGGGGGACGAGGACAAGCUGUGUCGUGAGAGCACAGGGUCGUAUGAUCUGCUUUUGCGCAUAUGAUCUCCGCUGAGCAAGAGGUGGCCCAGGAUUCCUGGAAAAGGCUAUUGCCGACGGGGAGGCAGCUGGAUGCCGGGAUGUGGAGAGGAGGCCCGGAGCGGCCCUACCAGGUGUCGGGACUGUGACAUAGCUGAUGGGCAAGUGCAUCGGGUUCGGAGACAGGAAGCUCCGGGCGUUGGCAUGCAGGGGCCACUAGGGGACCGUCCCAACAACCGCGCCUCUGACCCAAGGACCAAGAUGAAAAACGUGGGAAGGCCAAGGAGUUUGAGUUUGAGGACACGAGGACCGGACAUUUCAUGCUCUUCGCUUUUUCAGGACCUGCCCUCCAAUCAAUCCAUGGGACACCCAAGCCCCCUUGGUGAUUGUCCUUCUCGGGUGACUCGCAGGCCCACGCCAGCGCCUCCUCAGCCCCCACACCGCAGGCUGCGCCGAAGAGCCUCUGGCUUUCUUUUCUUUUCUUAUUUACUCAUGGGAGACCCGGGCAGAGGGGACCUCGUGGGGGACCCCGGGGUCAUGCCCUGAGCCCAAGGCAGGUGCUCCCCACUGAGCCCCCCAGGCGCCCCCUUUUGAUCUUCGAUCUGAGGCACAAGUCCUUGUCGGGGGCACUGCCAGGGCCAGGAGGAGGGGUGCUGUGCGUGGGGAUGAUGAUGAGGCAUGGGCGGGGCAGAGAGGUGCCCGCAGUGGGACUGUGGUAGCUGAGGUUGGGGGGCAUGGAAGGAGCCAGAAGCCUGACGGGCCUCUCCUUCCUCUGGGGAGGGUUUGGGGAUCGGGAGUGGCGACCCAAGGGCCUAGUUGAGAGGAGGAGGCCGAGAGAGAAAGGGAGAGGCCAAGAGGACUCCGGAGGGGCUUCCCGCUUCCUUUCCCUUUCCUCUAGAGUUUUUAAGAUCCGUUUCCUUUUUUUUUUUAUUUUUUGGGCCAGGCAAAGUUCAGUCAGAUGCUUCCUUUCUCCUUUCCUCCACCCUGCUCUUCCUUCCUUUUCUUUUCUCUUCUCCUUUCUCCGUCACGGUGAUCGGUCACCUCCCAGGUGCCAGGCACUAAGCGAGGCAGGAAGGACACCGACCGGGGAGGCCCUGAGCAGUGGGCGGGCUUGCGGUGGCCUUGGAGUGGGGACACCGAGCUGGUCCUCCCCGUACCUCGCUCCUCGCUCGUAGAGGUGUGGCAGCCCAGACGAUGGAGGGGGGAUCCCUGCCAGGCCUCCGCUAGGGAGGUCGUUGCCAGAUGGCUGUAGUUUGAGUUGGAUUUUGAAGACUCCUUGGAAAGUCACCAGUCAGAGAAGAGAAGCAAGUGAGACAUGCAGUGCCCUGUGUCUCUCUAGCAGAAGGGAGGUCAGUGUUCCAGAGGGUUCUUCAGGGCCUUCUACUGUUGUUGCCGGCCCACCCUCGUCUCUGGAGCUUUCUCUGAAGAUGGCAGCUUUCACCUAGUUGUGUCUUCUCUCGAUUCACAACUCCCCUUGGUCCUUCCUGCCGGACCCCUGAGCAAGCAGCCGAGGGCAGAGAAGGGUCAGUUAUGUGUAUAGGUCACUUUUUUAUUAUCACGGUUUAUUAGGGUUCUCAUCUUCCUGAGGGUGAGAUAGAGGAGCCUCUCUUUGACCUUUCUUCAUCCUGGUCUGAGGUGCUUGGCGGGCUUUGGUUUCUGUCUUCUUUUCUUUUUUUGAGAUUUCAUUAGUAAGUUCUUUUUUACCCAUCUCUCUGUUUUGGAGCCUAGAUGAGCACGAGGAGGGAUAAGUGGGAGAUACGUGAGGAAAGGAAAGACAGAGUGAAGAAGCCAGAGAGGGAAAUUGAGGGUCCUGAGAACCUAUGAGGCUUGGGUCUUCAGGAUAAACUUCUGUGAACGUGCUCUUUGUGGUUUGUAGGCCAAGACCAGCCUAAAUAAAGGUUUCAUCGUUGUUGAACGA